UCCAGCAAAUAUAUAGUUGUAUCGGCCUUAGUCAAAAACAAGUAAACCUAUAUAUUUAAACACCUUAUAGCUUCAUUAAUCAUCAUUAUAGUGAUUAGCGAGAUUAAUAAGUUAUUAAGGAGCAUAUAUAAUCAAUGAGGGGAUUACCAAUAUGGCUAGUUUUCUCUUUGGUUUUAUUCUCUAUUUUUCCCAUGCAAGUUAUUAUUAAUGGAGAAGAAAUAUUUCUUGAGUGGCAUGUUAAUGAAGACAACAAUAUCAAACCAGUAUCUGUUGAUCAACCAGUGAUAACUAUUAAUGGUGAAUUUCCUGGACCUCUAUUAAAUGCAACCACCAAUGAUAAUAUUCAUGUCAAUGUGUUCAACGAUAUGGAUAUAUAUCCUGUCCUCAUUACAUGGAAUGGGAUCCAACAAAGGCACAAUUCAUGGGAAGAUGGAGUUUCAGGAACCAAUUGUGCAAUCCAGCCCAAUACUAAUUGGACUUAUGAGUUUCAAUUGAAAGACCAAAUUGGAAGUUUCUUUUAUUUUCCAACCCUUUAUUUCGAAAAGGCCGCUGGAGCAUUCGGCCCAAUUCGAAUCAAUAAUCGGGUCAAGAUCCAACCCCCCUUUGCAGAACCCGAUGGAGAUUUCAAUCUUCUUAUUGGUGAUUGGUAUGAUGAUAGUUUCGAGGUUAUUGGACACAAGUUGGCACGUGAGGGCUACAAUAAAACUCCAAACAUAAUGCUUAUGAAUGGGAAAGGCUCAUAUUUGGACCCAAAAGCAAAAUCCAAUGAAUCUUUCACAGUAAAUCAAGGAAAAACGUACAGAUUGAGGAUAUCAAACGUGGGAAGUGAAUGGAGUUUCAAUUUUCGAAUUCAGAACCAUAACAUGCUAUUGGUGGAGACCGAAGGCUCGUACACUAAUCAAACUACAUUAAAUUCUCUCGACGUACACGUGGGCCAAUCAUACUCUGUCCUUGUCACAGCUGAUCAAGAUGCUGCUGAUUAUUACAUUGUUGCAAGUGCAAAAAUGGCUAAUCCAACUCAACUCAAAACACUUCAAGUUGUUGGUGUGUUGCAUUAUGAAAAUUCAACUAAACAUGCUGAUGGGCCUAUACCAAAUGGGCCUGAUCCAUUUGAUGUGGACUUCUCUAUUAAUCAAGCUAGAUCCAUCAAGUGGAAUUUGACAACAGGUGCAGCAAGGCCUAAUCCACAAGGGUCCUUCAACGUAUCAAAUGUUACAUUGUCACAAACUUUUGUUCUCCAAAAUUCAUUGAACUACAAGAAUGGCAUGAUAAAUUAUGCCAUCAACAAUGUAUCUUAUGACACACCACAAACACCAUUGAAACUGGCUGAUUAUUACCUUAACGGCGCCGGAGUUUACGAGCUCGAUAAAUUUCCAACGAACCAUAGCCUACCGGAGAAUGUUUAUGGAACAUUUGUUGUGUCUGGUGAACACAAAGGGUGGCUAGAAAUUGUGUUCAAGAAUGAGUUACAUGAAAUGGAAUCUUGGCACUUGGAUGGAUUUGGCUUCUUUGUUGUUGGGUAUGGUUUGAAAAAUUGGACUCCUAAAUCGAGACACAAGUAUAAUAUUCAUGAUCCUAUUGUUCGUUCUACUGUUCAGGUUUACCCAAAAGGAUGGACAGCAGUAUAUGUAUAUCUAGACAAUCCAGGGAUGUGGAAUUUAAGGUCACAAAAAUUGAAAAAUUGGUUCUUAGGACAAGAACUUUAUAUUAGAGUUUAUGACUCUGAUCCUAAUCCAGCUAAAGAACAUAUUCCCCCUAAAAAUCUACUCUAUUGUGGAAGCGUGCAGGCGCCUCCAUCAGCACCGCCACCAAGUCCAAAGCCAGUACCGGGGCCACCUCCAGCUCCUGCAAAAUCAGCUUCUAUAAUUACUACGAAAACACUAUGGUUUCAUAUUAUUGUGGCUAUCUUUGUGAUUUUGAUCAUAUGAGAUGGGAGCACAAGUAAAGGUGGUGAAUUAGUGGCAUGCAAAUCAGUUUUAUCUUCUUUGUUUUUCUUUUCUUAUUUUAUUAUGAUUUGUUUUUCCUUUUGUUAUCUUUAUUAUAUACUUAUACGUUAUCUAUUCUUAGAAAUGGGGUUUAAAAACCAUAAAGAUUUAUUGGUGGAGCAAAUACCACAACGUUAACUAUGAUUUUUUUUUUUUAUAGACUCU